GCUGGUAUUGAUCCCUUUGGUUGCCUUAUAAUGGUUUUGUUGGUGCUAUUUCCCUAGUUGCUGUAUUUUGUAAUAUGUAUUUACACAGCUCAGAGUCAGAAAUUCAAGAGGAAAACCUAAAGAGGAAGCAGAGGAGUUUGUAGCUUUAAGACACGAGAUGCUUACAGCUUUUUAAUAUAAAUUGUUCCCAGAAUCCAUGUCACAGCUCCUUCUAUGGUGCUGCUUUUUUUUUCUCCCUUUCUCUCGGUUGCUAUGACAACAGCAGCACUGCACCAUUCAUCAGCUCUGGACCUAGGCUGCACUGUUAGCCUUCCGUGUUACUCCUGAAUGUUAAGAACAUCCGUGAAUCAUUCACUCUGGUUAACGCUGCGCCAUUAUAAACCUCAGAACCAGUUCUCCAGUAAUUUUCUUUAGCAGAAGAGUUAACUAAACUGCGCCACAGAGAAAACCUGUAAAAAAAAUAUUUCUUUGAAAUGGGAUCAUACAAUCUGUAUUUGCUGCAGUAUUCUGAAAAAAUAACUUCAUGUCAAGCAAUCUAAUGAAAAGAGCGCAUCUGUAUAAUAGAUCUUGAAAUCGUUAAGAUAUUCAAAACAAGUACAACAGUGCUUGCUUGUGUGGAUACAAAAAGAAGCAGGUGAUGUUGCUAGGGGCUCUAAGCCCCUUGGGAGCAUCUUUUGUGCAUUGGGACCAUAAUCAACAUCUGCUAGAACUAUCACCUGUAAGGCAUAGUAAGGUCUGGACAGUAAGAAGAGCUGGUUGGUGAAGAUGAAAGUGUGGAUCAUUACUAAUGUGUCAGCACCAACAACAUGGCCAGUGAAUAAGCCUGGAAAUACGAAGCAAACUGCAGAGUGUUGACAGAUGAGGAAGGAAGAGUAAAGGCUCCCCUCUGAGGAAGGCAAAGUUUGUUGAGAGCCCACGAAUUCCAGAGUCCGAGUGUGGCUCCCCAACCCUCCCUUCAGCUCAGAAACUGGACGUGGCUGCAUACUGCCCUGGUGAUGUUGACCAGGACCUGGGUCCACCUCCAUCUGUAGAUGAGGCAGCAAACACACUCAUGACUCGGCUGGGUUUCCUCCUUGGAGAGAAAGUCACAGAAGUACAGCCAAGUGACCAGUACAGCAUGGAGGUACAGGAUGAAAACCAGCCUUCAGCAAUCACCCAGCGGAUAAGUCCCUGCUCAACCCUGACUAGCAGCACAGCCUCUCCACCAGCCAGCAGCCCCUGCUCUACGCUCCCACCAGUCAGUACAAACGCACCUGCCAAGGACUGCAGCUAUGGGGCUGUCACUAGCCCCACCUCCACCCUGGAAAGCAGGGACAGCGGCAUCAUUGCUACAUUGACAAAUUAUUCUGAAAACAUGGAGCGUACAAAAUAUGUUGGAGAAAGCAGUAAAGAAUUAGGAUCUGGAGGAAACGUAAAACCAUGGCAGUCUCAAAAAUCCAGCAUGGACUCCUGUCUGUACCGAGUAGAUGAAAACAUGACUGCCUCCACAUUCAGUCUGAAUAAGAUCCCGGAGAGGAAUUUAGAAACCGUCCUAUCACAGUCAGUACAGUCUAUUCCUUUGUAUCUCAUGCCUCGGCCAAAUUCUGUAGCAGCCACCAGCUCUGCCCACCUGGAGGAUCUUGCCUACCUGGAUGAGCAGAGACAUACUCCUUUGAGAACUUCUCUUCGAAUGCCAAGACAGAGCAUGGCUGGUGCUCGCACACAGCAGGAUCUAAGAGUUCGCUUUGCACCUUACCGACCUCCUGAUAUCUCCCUGAAGCCUCUGCUCUUUGAAGUUCCCAGCAUUACUACAGAGUCAGUGUUUGUUGGCCGAGAUUGGGUAUUCCAUGAGAUCGAUGUUCAGCUCCAGAGUUCAAAUGACAGUGUGAACCAAGGAGUAGUGAUUGUGGGAAACAUUGGGUUUGGCAAAACUGCUAUCAUCUCCAGACUGGUGGCUCUAAGCUGCCAUGGUACACGGAUGAGACAGAUCGCCUCUGACAGCCCACACGCCUCCCCCAAACAUGUGGAUGCCAACAGAGAGCUACCACUCACCCAAGCACCUUCAGCCCAUUCAUCUAUCACCAGUGGAAGCUGCCCAGGAACUCCGGAAAUGCGCAGGCGGCAGGAGGAAGCCAUGCGAAGACUUGCCUCACAGGUGGUUGCCUAUCACUACUGCCAAGCAGACAACGCCUACACCUGCCUGGUACCAGAAUUUGUCCACAAUGUUGCUGCCCUGCUCUGCCGCUCACCUCAGCUGACAGCUUACCGGGAACAGCUUCUCCGGGAGCCCCACCUGCAGAGCAUGCUAAGCCUCCGGUCCUGUGUUCAAGACCCCAUAGCUUCCUUCCGGAGGGGCGUCCUGGAGCCCCUGGAGAACCUUCACAAAGAGAGAAAAAUCCCAGAUGAAGAUUUCAUCAUCUUAAUUGAUGGAUUAAAUGAAGCAGAAUUUCACAAACCGGAUUAUGGGGAUACAAUUGUAUCAUUUCUAAGUAAAAUGAUUGGAAAUUUUCCUUCUUGGCUCAAACUAAUUGUAACAGUUAGGACCAGUUUACAGGAAAUUACCAAGUUGCUGCCUUUCCAUAGGAUUUUUUUGGAUCGACUAGAAGAGAAUGAAGCCAUAGACCAGGACCUACAGGCCUAUAUCCUGCACCGGAUUCACAGCAGCUCAGAGAUCCAGAAUAACAUCUCACUUAAUGGCAAGAUGGACAAUACUACAUUUGGCAAGCUCAGUUCUCAUCUCAAGACCCUCAGUCAAGGGUCAUAUUUGUACCUGAAACUCACAUUUGACCUCAUAGAGAAAGGCUACCUAGUGCUAAAAAGCUCUAGCUACAAAGUGGUUCCUGUUUCACUCUCUGAGGUUUAUUUACUCCAGUGCAAUAUGAAGUUCCCAACUCAGUCUUCCUUCGACCGGGUGAUGCCUCUACUGAAUGUGGCAGUGGCCUCUCUCCACCCUCUUACUGAUGAGCAUAUCUUCCAGGCCAUCAAUGCUGGGAGCAUUGAAGGCACACUGGAAUGGGAAGACUUUCAACAAAGGAUGGAGAACCUCUCCAUGUUCCUAAUCAAGCGCAGAGACAUGACUCGGAUGUUUGUGCACCCCUCUUUUCGAGAAUGGCUUAUCUGGAGAGAAGAAGGAGAGAAAACCAAAUUUCUCUGCGAUCCCAGGAGCGGCCACACAUUACUUGCCUUCUGGUUUUCCCGCCAAGAGGGAAAGCUGAACCGACAGCAGACCAUUGAACUGGGCCAUCACAUCCUCAAAGCACACAUCUUUAAGGGUUUGAGUAAAAAGGUUGGUGUAUCAUCCUCCAUCCUUCAAGGACUCUGGAUCUCAUAUAGCACAGAAGGUCUUUCCAUGGCAUUGGCCUCUUUACGAAAUCUCUAUACUCCAAAUAUAAAGGUCAGCAGAUUGCUGAUUCUGGGAGGUGCCAAUAUUAAUUACCGGACAGAGGUUCUAAACAAUGCUCCCAUCCUAUGUGUCCAGUCUCACCUUGGUUACACAGAAAUGGUAGCCCUGCUUUUGGAGUUUGGGGCCAAUGUGGACGCCUCUUCCGAGAGUGGCCUGACUCCACUGGGGUAUGCUGCAGCAGCAGGCUUCCUGAGCAUCGUGGUAUUGCUGUGCAAGAAGCGGGCAAAGGUAGAUCACUUGGAUAAGAACGGGCAGUGUGCUUUGGUUCAUGCUGCUCUGCGAGGUCAUUUGGAAGUUGUCAAGUUCCUGAUCCAGUGUGACUGGACAAUGGCUGGCCAGCAGCAAGGAGUGUUUAAGAAGAGCCAUGCCAUCCAGCAGGCCCUCAUCGCUGCAGCCAGCAUGGGUUACACUGAGAUUGUCUCCUACCUACUUGAUCUUCCAGAAAAAGAUGAAGAGGAAGUGGAGCGAGCACAGAUCAACAGUUUCGACAGUCUCUGGGGAGAGACAGCCCUGACAGCUGCAGCCGGAAGGGGCAAGCUGGAUGUGUGUCGCCUGCUCUUGGAGCAAGGGGCAGCAGUGGCCCAGCCGAACCGCAGAGGAGCAGUGCCUCUAUUCAGCACUGUCCGCCAGGGCCACUGGCAGAUUGUUGAUCUCUUACUGACCCAUGGAGCUGAUGUGAACAUGGCAGACAAGCAGGGUCGUACUCCCCUGAUGAUGGCCGCUUCUGAAGGCCAUCUAGGAACUGUGGACUUCCUGCUUGCACAAGGUGCCUCCAUUGCCCUGAUGGACAAAGAAGGGUUGACCGCCCUCAGCUGGGCUUGUCUGAAGGGCCAUCUUUCAGUAGUACGUUCUCUGGUGGACAAUGGAGCUGCUACAGACCAUGCUGACAAGAAUGGCCGCACCCCACUGGACCUGGCCGCUUUCUAUGGCGAUGCUGAGGUGGUCCAGUUCCUGGUGGACCACGGGGCCAUGAUUGAGCAUGUUGACUACAGUGGAAUGCGUCCUUUGGAUAGGGCGGUGGGUUGCAGGAACACUUCCGUUGUAGUCACUCUACUGAAGAAAGGAGCCAAAAUAGGUUGUCAGACGUUACCGAGUCGCCCACGAGGUCCAGCCACAUGGGCGAUGGCCACCUCCAAACCAGACAUCAUGAUCAUCCUGUUGAGCAAGCUGAUGGAAGAGGGGGACAUGUUUUAUAAGAAAGGUAAAGUAAAGGAAGCUGCCCAGCGCUACCAGUAUGCCCUGAAGAAAUUCCCUAGAGAAGGAUUUGGUGAGGACUUGAAAACCUUCCGGGAGCUCAAAGUGUCUCUCCUCCUCAACCUCUCUCGAUGUCGCAGGAAAAUGAACGAUUUUGGAAUGGCGGAGGAAUUUGCUACUAAGGCACUGGAGCUGAAACCGAAAUCUUAUGAAGCAUACUAUGCGAGAGCAAGGGCAAAACGCAGCAGCAGACAGUUUGCAGCAGCCCUAGAGGACCUGAAGGAGGCCAUCAAGCUAUGUCCAAACAACCGUGAGAUCCAGAGGCUUCUGAUACGAGUGGAGGAAGAGUGCAGACAGAUGCAGCAGCAGCAGCAGCAGCCGCCGCCGCCACCACCCCAGCAGCCUCAGCAGGAGUUACCAGAGGAAGAAACGGAGCCUGAGCCCCAGCAUGAAGAUAUAUACUCUGUACAAGACAUAUUUGAGGAGGAGUACUUGGAACAGGAUGUUGAAAAUGUUUCUAUUGGCCUCCAGACAGAGGCUCGCCCCACUCAGGGGCUCCCAGUCAUCCAGAGCCCACCCUCCUCUCCAGCCCAUCGGGACUCGGCCUACAUGUCUAGCUCACCUCUUGGCUCUCACCAGGUUUUUGACUUCCGGUCCAAUAGUUCUGUAGGUUCGCCCACUAGGCAAGGUUAUCAGUCCACCUCGCCUGCUCUUUCGCCAACUCACCAGAACUCUCAUUACAGGCCGAGCCCACCACACACUUCCCCAGCUCAUCAGGGUGCAUCUUACCGGUUCAGCCCACCUCCUGUGGGAGGGCAAGGCAAGGAAUACCCUAGCCCUCCCCCGUCCCCUCUCCGCAGAGGUCCUCAGUACAGGGCCAGCCCUCCAGCUGAGAGCAUGAGCGUCUAUAGAUCCCAGUCUGGCUCACCUGUACGCUAUCAGCAAGAAACAAAUGUGAGUCAGCUUCCCGGCAGACCAAAAUCUCCGCUAUCCAAAAUGGCCCAGCGGCCCUACCAGAUGCCCCAGCUUCCGGUGGCAGUGCCCCAGCAAGGGCUCAGGCUACAGCCUGCCAAGGCCCAGAUUGUAAGAAGUAACCAGCCUAGUUCAGCAGUUCAUUCAAGCACUGUAAUCCCAACAGGAGCCUAUGGCCAAGUAGCCCAUUCAAUGGCCAGUAAAUACCAGUCUCCACAAGGAGACAUGGGAGUAAGUCAGAGCCGGUUGGUUUAUCAGGGAUCAAUAGGGGGAAUUGUAGGAGACGGGAGACCUGUACAGCAUGUCCAAGCCAGCCUGAGUGCCGGUGCCAUCUGUCAGCAUGGAGGAUUGACCAAAGAAGAUCUGCCACAGCGACCCUCCUCUGCCUAUCGAGGUGGCAUGAGGUACAGCCAGACACCGCAGAUUGGGCGGAGCCAGUCAGCAUCCUAUUAUCCAGUCUGUCACUCAAAACUAGAUCUGGAGCGUUCCUCCAGCCAGCUGGGUUCUCCUGAUGUGUCACAUUUAAUCAGAAGACCUAUCAGUGUCAACCCUAAUGAAAUCAAGCCCCACCCACCAACUCCCAGGCCACUACUGCACUCACAGAGUGUGGGCCUACGCUUUUCUCCAUCUAGCAAUAGUAUCUCCUCCACCUCCAACCUGACUCCCACCUUCCGGCCUUCCUCUUCAAUUCAACAAAUGGAGAUCCCACUAAAGCCUGCAUACGAUAGGUCAUGUGACGAGCUAUCACCAGUAUCUCCCACUCAGGGAGGUUACCCCAGUGAGCCCACCCGAUCCAGGACCACACCAUUCAUGGGGAUCAUAGAUAAAACAGCCCGGACUCAACAGUACCCCCACCUUCACCAGCAGAAUCGGACCUGGGCAGUCUCAUCAGUGGAUACCGUUCUCAGUCCCACGUCUCCAGGCAACCUGCCUCAGCCUGAGUCCUUUAGUCCACCGUCAUCCAUCAGCAACAUUGCCUUUUAUAACAAAACCAACAAUGCACAGAAUGGCCAUUUGCUGGAGGACGAUUAUUACAGCCCCCAUGGGAUGCUGGCUAAUGGGUCCCGUGGAGACCUCUUGGAAAGAGUCAGCCAGGCCUCCUCCUAUCCUGAUGUGAAGGUGGCUCGGACCCUACCUGUGGCUCAGGCAUACCAGGACAACCUGUACAGGCAAUUGUCUCGGGACUCUCGACAAGGGCAGACAUCGCCUAUCAAACCAAAGAGACCAUUUGUGGAGUCUAAUGUUUAAGAGACAUUUGUUGGAGUGAGACCCAUAUGUUUUCACUGCACAUUUUCAGGCUUGGUUUCCACAUCUGAGGUAGUUCUCUGGCUUAAUUUCUCAUGUAGUUUCUGUGUGGUGUUCAGAGGUGACAGCCCACAUGUUGAAAUCCUUUGCAUGCAGCUGACUGGGAAGCUGGCCUCUGGUGAGCCAGGACUUCAGUUUCUCGGGUCUGUACCCCAGCCACAUGCUCUCUCCCUCUCUUCCGAUGCCAGCGAGGGGAUUCUGUGCCGUGAGCUUUAACCAGGGAGAUCAGACACACUGGUCAGCUUUUUCCAGGAGACAAUCGCUUUCACUGAUGUUCUUGUUGUGUGAAUGUCUUUUUUCUUUUUUUAAAAAAGUAAGAUGUUCUUGUUUGUUUUCUUCUAGAAAUCUUAGGACGUGUGUGAUGCUUUGUCCUCGCAUUCUUACUCGGUGUUGCACAUGGCCAGCCCCAGUGCAUUCCUGUGCCAUGGUCCCCUCCCCAGACUCCAGCUCCCUGCAGGCAACGGUCUCCGAUCUUCAUUUACUUUAUUGCUAGUCUUCCCCUGGGACAAAGGAGUCUAGGGGAGAGUGAGAAAGAAAGAAAGAAAGCUGCUAAAUUAGAAGAAAAGCCCACUAUAAUUAUCUGAAAUGUUACAUGUUGGUUUUCCAAGAGGCAUUUGGGGAACAUUUAAUAAACAUCCAGUCCUUUAAGUUGAUCAGCCAAGGAAAUUUCAGGAGAACUGUGGGUAUUUUUAAAGCACUCACCAAGAGUUACCCUCUAGGCUUUAACCAACAACUAGCCACUAAAAGCUACUGAUUUUCCAGUACUAGAAGAGGAAAUAGGUACAGAGAAAGGGGGAAAGAUUGUUCUUCUUGCUGAGAGAUCUGUCUAAAAACUCUGCUUUUUAGAUCCCGAAACAACACUGACUUACAAGGUCUGCCUGUUGCAAUAACCCUGUUAGCUGCAUUUCCACCUGGAGCCAGGCAGCAUUCAGCUGCUCCUCAUUGUCUCGAACCCAGAUGGUGUUGUGAAGAAACAGGUUCUUCCAGAACCUGCUUGGAUUCUCUCGGGACUGUCAGACCCAUCCCAGGCUUUCUACCCGGGCCCCUGCAUUCCAUGCCAGCUGUUAACUAAUUUAAUUUUAAGACCUCUGGUCUCUUCAUUCACUGUUAAAGGAAUUGUCUCCUUUAUCUAGGAAUGUUUCAGAGAAAUCUUUGAGAAUCAGAAGCCGCCAAAAGUGUUGCAGAGUCCUUUGAGCCCCACGUAGGGGCAUGAGGUUGCUAACAGGCCUUUUCCUCCGUCAGUGUCUGCACAUCUUCCAGGCCUUUGGAUGUUUGCUAGCCUGACUUUUGGAAAGCUGAUACAACUAUGAGAUACUCAGCAAGAACACCCGAAGCUGUAGCACAGUCCUGUCUCUGGCUGCAUGUCAGCAUUGAAACCAAGCAGCUUAGCCCAGCAUACUAACCUGGGGUGUUGGCCCCGUGCUCUUAGGGAGCAUUUUAUUCAUUAGUAAAGGGCUGCAGAAAGGAGAGUUUCUUGAACAAAGUCCAAAGACCUAUUUAGAAUACAGGUUUCCAUAUCCUGUACAAUAGGAUCUGUAAGAUAUGCAGAGCAUGACACUGAGAUCGGAAACCUUAGAUUUAGAUUUAGAUUCUAAAAUCUAAAUUUACUGGUGGUAAAAUCUAAAAUCUAAAACUACUGGCGGGUUUAGAUUCUGCCAGUAGAUGGACCCUCUCCUCUCAGAGUCCCUAAGCCUAAAACAGAUCAGGACCCCUCUCUGUAAGCAGGACUGUUUUCACUUUGAUAGGAAGAAGUGCCCCAUUCUCCUAGACUAAGGCACCGCUGAUUUCUCCCUAUUGUUCAUCUUCCUGUCUGUUUCUCCAUCUCUCCUAUCUGGAAAUUUACAGCUGUGUAGCUGGGAGCAGCACCCUGUUGUCUCCUUGUGUGGCCAGGAUGGAGUUCUGUUGGUCUCCACAUCAUACUCUAUCUGAACCACCUCUGGGGGAGCUACUAUAGUCCAUUAGAAAAGUGCUCCUGCCUGUUUGGAAAGCCUGCCCAGGUGUGUUAGAAUGCCACGCAGUCCUCAAAAUACACCUCAGCUGACGAUUUUCCCCAGAGUCCCUCAUUUUCCCAGGAAAAGCAGAGAGUUAGUGUGUCCACCCCCUGAAAUGUCAGUGUCAAACCACAGUUUUUUUUUCUAGCCAUCACGAGAGAGUGCACACCACUAUAGGACACAAGUAGUUUUGACUAAAAAUCACCAACCGGAGCCUCUUGAGGCAGGAGACAAAGGUCUUCCCAGGAUGUAGCCUGACUGCCCUGCUUUGCUAUGUCACUGCCAUGGUUGAUCUUAGUACUGUAUUCUAAACGUGCCCCUCUCUUCCCAGCAUGCCCAGCCUCAGGAUGGAAGAAACUCCUUAAACUGGCAAGUUCUGCUCACUCGGUUCACACCACCCUUAAGUAGUGACAGGUGACAAACUUCAGCUUGUAGGUUUCUCACCGAAACAUGUCCCUUUGCCCAAAAUUCUUGCACUAGUGGAUUUCCAUUACAUCAUGUCUAUAAAUGGGUGCACUUUACUGGUGGACUUCGUAACUGAUAAAAUACUGGAUAUUUAAGUGUGAGUAAUGUCUUCAUUAGAAAUUAGCAGAGUCACUCUUGUCUCUAGUGUGUUUUUCAAGAAAAAAAAAGGAAAGAAAUCAAGCAGUGGAUCACAGCAUUUAUAGCACAAGAAAUAACUGUUGUAUAUAAGCCUCAAAGAUUAAGAAUUUUUAAACACAAGAAAAUAUUUGCAGUGAUUUUAAAGUGCUUUUCCAGCAAUUUUCUUAGGGACUCCUGAGACAUGGUUCAUUUAUUUACUGGAUCAGUAAGGCACACGAGUAACAAUUAAAAUGAAUGCUUAUUUACAAAGUAAAGGGAAAACCUGUGUAACAUGAGAAUUUGGCAUGGACAAAAUAGAGAUCAUUUUGUAUCUGCUGUUGUGUCUGUCCAGGUUGCAGGCGUGCACUAUUGAAGUCCCGAGUUAAUAGAGCACAACCCCUCGUGUUCCUCUCCCAGGCACCCCUUUCUAGAUGUGUUUAACUUCAACCCGAUGGCUCAGGAAAUUCCACUGAUUAGAAUCGUGUACAGUAUCCCAGGUUGUUGUCCGAAUAUCCAAGUUUGCUGAUUUUAGUUAAGCCUGGAUUACCACUUUUCCUAAAUUAUUGUAAACAGAACAGCUUAGAGAAAGGUGUUCUCAGCCCUUAUAUUGUAUAGUAGUUUACAAUCCCCCUCUAAAUAUUGGUAUUUUUAUAUUCCAGAGAUAUACCCAAUAGAAAAAUUUAAAACCAGUAUCUAAUUUAAUAUCCAUAAGUAUUUUUCCUUAAAGUUUAGUCACAUGCAGUGGGUAUGUGGACGUCACUUGUGCUUCACCGUACUCUACCACUAGGUGUCACUGUGGCUCUGCACCAUACUUACCUGGUUACAAGGAAUGGCUUCGUGGAGCUGCUGCCAGUACAACAGUCAGGCCCGUAGACUGAAGGUUCAGGAAGAAGGGAAUAAAGGCCUGGAGGGGUCUUCAUGCAUCCAUGCCGCCAUGGCAAGACAGACUCUGAAGACCACCUGGUUGGGAGGUUAACUUGAGCUUCCUUUCUCUGGUGGAGAGUAUGUAGAGGAGCCUUUCUCCCCUGAGCACCCUUCCUCUCAGUUCCACUCAGCCUCCAACUUUUAUAAUCCAGAAGUAUCAUGGUUGGGUGGUUUGAUUAAAGAUAGUUAUUUUUCUACUGCAGAAAUGCCUUGGACAAAACCAGUUGCUCACUGAAUCUUUGCCACACAUUGGAACAGGCUACCCAGGUGGCAGGCUCUGCUGCCUCUGUGCCCAUCUCCUGCUGAGCCUCCCCCUUGCUCAGCAGCCCCACCCACCCUGCCUGUGUGCCCUCUGGCUGUCCAGUUCUCAAGAAGCGGUCUGCUGCCGCCUUUCCUCCGAGGGCCACGCUGCCCUGCUUCGUGCUUGUUGAAAGGUGUGACUUCUCCUUUUCCUCUGGGAAUUCCAGACUGACCAUCUACCAUGACUAACAACGAACAAAGGGCUUAGGGGUAAGAGCUACCUACAAAGACGCGUCAUGGAAACCUUCACCAUGCAAUGCCUUGAACUCAGCUCUGGCUGCUCCCAAGAAAAGGUGGCUGGCUAGGGCCCUGGACACAAGCACAACGGGGCUGGUGGGGCCACUGUGCAGAGCUACUUGAAUAUUCACUGGGUCUUCAUCAAUUCCUUUUGUAAUACAGACCACUCAAGGGCUGAAGUGUUGGUAACCUUCAUUCCGGUGUCCAAUGCCUCACAGCGGCUGAGCCACCCUGAGAUGCUUGUGGCCACAUGGCGGCCUCAGUCAGAGCUUUGAAAGUCAGUACCAAAUGAACGUAUAAUUGGACACCAAAAAUCAAGUGUUACUCUCAUGUUUUCUCACCCGUCAUCUCAUCUCUUCCUGCUGACUGUGAUCCCUACACUAAGCUGACCAAUCAGGCUGCAGCUGGCUGCACUCAGACACCAGCCAGCACCAGCUCCUGGGUUCAGACAGACCUACUCCGUGGGAAGGACGUGGCCUAGCUGCUUUGUUUCUGUAGCAUUUGGUGGCUGGAUUCUCCCUUUGCUAAUCACUAACCAGAAAAUCUGGCUAGGACUCAACUCACUCCCUCAAUCCCCAGGGCCAGACAGAGAGUUAAUUCUGGAGAAUUCAGUACUUGAAUGUACCUGCCUUACUGUGUACCCAUUCACUGGGGGAGGGGGGAAUUAGAGAUGUCGGCUCUAGAUAUCCACUCCAUUCACAGGUUAUUUUGGAAAUACUGUAAGUUACACUUACUGUCCUGGUUUCUUUGGUUUUGUUAUUUUGUUUGUUUAUUUUUAUUUUUAUUUUUUUGACAUUUGGCUGAUUCCUGCUGAGUUGGGCCAGUUCCUUGUGGGGCUCAGGGAAGCUGCCAUUCUCAGGCAUGGCCUCCCUUCCAUCUAGCACAGCAUCCGUCUCUCUGUUCUGUCUCCUCCAAACCCAAGAUGGUUUUAAUUAGUACAGACAUGUACAGUCUACAAUUAAAGAGUGAUUUGUACUAAUAUGAUUUUGAUUAUUCCUCUUUGCUGUCCUUUCAAGACACUUGCUGGAAAAAGCUUUAAUGCACUUAGUUUUCCUUUAGGUUUUCUAUAACUCAGAUGUAAAGGACUUUCUCUGUACAGUAUAUUAUCCAAUGCAUGUUUGUUCUCUAUCCUGAUAUAUUGAACACCACACAGUCGUGAACUCGUGCAGUGGGGAUGCCCCACACCCAGCGGAGGCCUCCAGCCCCGUGUAUAAGGAAGACAUUCUCUUUACUGUACUUGCUUGAACAGUUUUAUUGUCUGUACAUGUGAGCUGUGUGAGAUAGAUGUGAACAGUUCAAAUGAAUGCAUUUUCCUGCCCCAUGUAUACAGAGCGUCAUCUGUACAAUGAACUGUAUGUAUGAAAGCAAAUGUACUUAUUUAUAAAUGGUCAACACUUGGAGAAA